CGUGUCGGUCUCUCUCUCUAUAACUACAAAGAUUCAAUGCGUCCACGUUCUAUAUUAGUCCAGUUUACAGCUUCCUUGGCUUCACUUUUCAUUUUUCUUUCUAUGUAACAAAAUGUUUUAGAUUUUCCAUCGGUACAUUGAGGAAACUCCGUCUCCAACUGUGCCACAGGACUACCUUCUGUAUCUCUGUGUUUUCGAUCUACACUCGAGUUUUUUUGCAUCUUUCCCUUGGUUCUUUAGUGUGAACUAGAAAGAUGCAGAAGCCUCCGCAACCUCAAGACUUUGCUCUUAAGGAGACCUCACCCAAUAUUGGUGCUGGUGCAAUCACUGGUGAUAAGCUUUCUUGCGCCUAUGACCUUGUUGAGCAAAUGCAGUACCUUUAUGUCCGCGUUGUCAAAGCCAAGGAAUUACCUGGAAAAGAUGUUACUGGUAGUUGUGAUCCCUAUGUUGAAGUGAAGCUUGGAAAUUACAAGGGAGUUACUAAACAUUUUGAAAAGAAGUCCAACCCUGAAUGGAAUCAGGUUUUUGCCUUCUCAAAAGAUCGUCUUCAAGCUUCAGUUUUGGAAGUGGUGGUAAAAGAUAAGGAUGUUGUGCUUGAUGAUUUAAUCGGCAGGGUUAUGUUUGAACUCAAUGACAUCCCAAAACGUAUUCCACCAGAUAGCCCGUUGGCACCUCAGUGGUACAGACUUGAGGACCGGAAGGGGGAUAAGAUAACCAAGGGAGAGCUGAUGCUAGCUGUUUGGAUGGGAACUCAAGCUGAUGAGGCGUUUCCGGAUGCAUGGCAUUCAGAUGCCGCAGCUGUCGGCCCUGAGGGUGUUGCGAACAUUCGAUCGAAGGUAUAUCUUUCCCCAAAGCUUUGGUAUGUAAGAGUCAAUGUGAUUGAAGCUCAGGACUUGGUACCUGGUGAUAAAAGUAGGUACCCUGAAGUUUUUGUCAAGGUUGUCCUUGGAAAGCAGGUCGUGAGGACAAGAACAUCUCCAAGCAAAACUAUAAAUCCUGUGUGGAACGAGGACUUGAUGUUUGUUGUUGCUGAACCAUUUGAGGAACCCUUGAUUCUGACUGUGGAAGAUAGGGUGGCACCAAACAAAGAUGAAAUCUUGGGAAAGUGCAUGAUUCGUUUACAGAAUGUGCAGAGGAGGUUAGAUCAUAAGCCUGUAAACACUAGGUGGUUUAAUCUUGAGAAGCAUGUGGUUGUAGAAGGGGAGCAGAAGAAAGAGAUUAAAUUUGCUAGUAGGAUUCAUACGAGGAUCUGCUUGGAUGGUGGGUACCAUGUUUUGGAUGAAUCUACACACUAUAGCAGUGAUCUGAGGCCAACAGCAAAGCAAUUGUGGAGGCCCAGCAUUGGGAUCUUUGAAUUGGGGAUUAUAAGUGCUCAUGGUUUGAUGCCAAUGAAGACGAAAGAUGGUCGAGGAGCCACAGAUGCUUAUUGUGUAGCCAAGUAUGGGCAGAAAUGGGUCCGAACAAGGACAAUUUUGGAAAGCUUAUCUCCAAAGUGGAACGAACAAUACAUUUGGGAGGUUUUCGACCCAUGUACUGUCAUUACAAUAGGGGUUUUCGACAAUGGUCAUACACAUGGAGGAGAUAAAGCUGGUGGGGGGAAGGAUUCAAGAAUUGGGAAGGUGAGAAUUCGGCUAUCAACCCUUCAAUCUGAUAGGGUUUACACGCACUCAUAUCCCCUUCUAGCCCUACAUUCUUCAGGGGUGAAGAAGGCAGGCGAAGUUCAGUUGGCAGUGAGAUUUACAUGCUCAUCUUUGAUUAACAUGUUGCAUAUGUAUUCACACCCACUGUUGCCAAAAAUGCACUACAUUCAUCCCUUGUCUGUAAUUCAGCUUGAUAGCUUGAGGCACCAGGCUAUGCAAAUUGUCUCCACAAGGCUGAGCCGUGCAGAACCACCAUUGAGGAAAGAGGUGGUGGAAUAUAUGCUAGAUGUGGAUUCACAUAUGUGGAGUAUGAGGAGGAGCAAAGCAAACUUCUUCAGAAUAAUGGGAGUUCUAAGUGGGUUGAUUGCAGUUGGAAAAUGGUUUGAUUCCAUCUGCCACUGGAAGAACCCUCUUACCACCAUUUUAAUUCACAUCCUUUUCAUUAUAUUGGUCCUUUAUCCAGAGCUUAUACUUCCUACUGUCUUUCUGUACCUUUUCGUGAUUGGAAUUUGGAACUUCCGGCGCAGACCGCAACACCCUCCUCACAUGGACACCCGGCUGUCCCAUGCUGAUGCUGUUCACCCAGAUGAGCUAGAUGAAGAGUUUGAUACAUUCCCUACUUCCCGGUCAUCAGAUAUUGUUAGGAUGAGAUAUGACAGGCUGAGAAGUAUUGGAGGAAGAGUUCAGACCGUGGUUGGAGACCUAGCUACUCAAGGGGAAAGGUUUCAGUCUCUAAUAAGUUGGAGAGACCCAAGAGCGACCACGCUGUUUGUCAUCUUCUGUCUCAUUGCUGCCAUUGUUCUUUACGUUACUCCAUUCCAAGUUGUGGCUCUGCUAAUAGGAAUUUAUGUGUUAAGGCAUCCCAGGUUCCGCAACAAGCUUCCUUCAGUUCCACUCAACUUCUUUAGAAGGCUGCCUGCAAGAUCGGACAGCAUGUUAUAAGCAAGCACACAUGUCCUCCAUAUCUAUUAAUAUCUCCUCUCCAUCAUUGUUUCCCUAUAUGUCAAAGUUAUGCAGACGUUGCAGCAGCAAGAGCUACAACCAGUGGAUCUUUCCCCAAUGAAUUUUAGUUGGUUGUGCAUAUGCUAUAUAUAUAUAUAU